CACAAGUCCCAUCAAAGACCAAACUCCAGAGUGACAGAGAUGUAAUGUCCUGGCACAGCAUAUAGGAGGAGGAGUAAUCAGGGCAUGACAGAGUGAAACAGUUUGGGUGAGAAUCUUAUAUUUAAGGAAACAACUGCACCGUGCGAACAUUGCAGUACCCAUGACACACCUGCGUUAACUGAAGAAAAGUUUGGAUGUCUCGAGUAGAAGCAGAACUCUGCGGAAGAGGCGAAAGAGGUGCAGACUGGAGUGAUACCUGCGAUGACAGCCGAUGAAGGGAGACCCGUCCUUGUUUAUUUCACCUGCCUCUGCUGAUUCUGAUCUUCUUUUUUUAAUGCUGUUCGGAGAGGAUGAGGGGCUUUUUACUUCGAUGUGUUCUUCUAUGGGCGACGUUGCCCCGGAGCAACACGCAAAGUACUGUAGUACCUGCCACAGCAUUAAACUGCUGUGAAGGUGAUGUUCUCAUUCUCCUGGACUCUUCAGGAAGUGUAACAAACUACGAGUUCUUGCGCCUGUUGCAGUUCUCCACCAGCCUGCUUCGCCCCUUCUCAUUGGGUAGUGGGCACGUGAGGGUCGGGCUGCUGCAGGUGGGCACAAACCCUAACCUGGAGUUUGGCCUGGAUGUCCACAACAAUCAGGAAAGUCUGCAUAAAGCUCUGCAGAGUGUCCGCCAGCUGCAGGGAGACACAAACACAGAGGCGGCGCUCAGGGUGGCCCAGGGUCUUCUAAAAAAGACAGACGAGAAUGUGCCAAAGGUACUGCUCUGGCUGACUGAUGGUGUGCAGCCUGGAGAUGUGGACAGUGCGAUGGGUGAGCUGAAGGCGCAGGGAGUGUCAGUGUUAGCUGUGUCUACAGUACAUGGAAACUACCAGGUGUUACAGCGUGCCGUGACACCUCCACUGGAGUCUCACCUCUACUCUGUGGACAUUGAUAACAUCGACAUCAUCACAGAGGACAUGAGGGAGGCCAUUAUCAAAAUUAUUCGUGCAGAACGGCUGCGUGUGGUUGACCUGACUUCUCACAGUGCUGUGCUGCAGUGGCGUCCUGUUCUGAACACAGACAGCGGUUACUAUGACAUCUCGUACAACUCUCUGCAGAAAACAGGCCCUGAAACUAGACGCACUCUCUCAGGCGACUCCAGCUGGGUCGAGCUGACCAACCUGCAGCCUGACACCACCUACACAGCUGCCCUGCGCCCAGAGUCCAACCAGAGGCUGUACAACACACUCUCUGUUAACUUCACCACACUUCCUGAUGUUUCAGGCCCGACAUUGGUUUCUGUGUCAGACACUGGCUCUCAUCAGAUACGAGUGAGCUGGGGUCCCCUGCAGCCUGCUCAAGUUCAGAGAUAUACGGUGGAGUAUGGAGCUUUUCCAAGUGGAGAGGUUCACACCGUGACAUUACCCGGCCAGCAAAACUCUACUUUACUGACCGGCCUGCAGCCAGGCACUCAGUACCUCGUCACAGUCUGUGCUCUGCAGAGGAAUGGAAAAGAAAGAGCAAUGUCUGUAAGGGCAUGCACUCAAGACGCAGCAGCUCUGCCAGCCCUAACCGACCUUCAAUUGAUCCCAGUGGAGCAUCAGGAGCUGCAAGUAGCGUGGCAUGCCAACCAAGAAGGUUUAAAAGGCUACUGGCUGAGCUGGGAGAGAGAAAACUCCCACUCCCACACCUCUAAGCCCUCCAUCUCCUCGGUCUACCUGCCUGCUUCUUCUAGUUCAACGCGCCUCAUGCACCUUGCACCGAGCAGUCGAGUGUGUGUGUCCCCGGUCUACAGCUCAGGCCGAGGGGAAGGGUUAUGCUGCACUGAAGAGAGGCACACAGAUUGGCAGAACUGAAUAUUAUUAUCUGAAAUGUUAUUCUUAAUUCCUGCAUAAUGUUCAUACUUGUCAGGGUUGGUCCCUUAGAGGAAAAAUAAUUUCCCAAUUGCCUGUCUCUCUUCCGUGAUAGAUUCCACCCAGUGGGGUUAAUGAUCAAAGUCUGCAGCAAUCAGGCAGCUGGAGCAAAAAAGUGGGUGAAAUCGAACAUUUUGAACACUGGAUGGCCUAGAUAACUAACGCAAGACUGAAUAUUAUUAUGAAUAUUAUCGUACUUAGUUAAAAUGUUCACCUUUACAUGAAUUAUAGUGAUAGACAAUUCUUUAUUGCAUAGCUACAGACCACUGUCCCACCAUGGCUUAGCAAAAUCAAAAUCUGGCAUAAUUAUACAUUUUAAUCAUCAACGUUGCAGUAAUGCUAACACCACAACACCACACAUUGGUUUAACAUAUCAGUUAGUCAAGAAUAUAAACAGCUGCAAGACUACGCAGGUAGGCAGAAAUCAUUGUGUAACAGCCAUUGUUAUUGAAAACAUAAAUAAAGCUCUGUACACUAUA